UCAAAAUUUCAACUUCGUUCAGAAAAUUUUCCUUUCAUCAACUGUUCAAUUUCCAGAAAAGCUCGGGCUAGGUUCAAUGGCGGAUGAUGAUCAAGCUGUGGCCAAGGACCGGAAGAUCCUGGUGGCCGUGGAUGAAGGCGAAGAGAGCAUGUACGCUCUCUCAUGGUGCCUCAAGAACUUGGCGCCUCGGAGUUCAAAAGAUACACUUAUCCUCCUUUACGCUAAACCACCGCGAACGGUGUCUUCUUCCCUAGAUGGCACUGGGUAUAUGUUUUCUGCUGAUAUACUGGCCACCAUGGAUAAAUACAGCGACGAUGUGGCGGCUUGUAUCAUCGAGAAGGCCAAAAGGAUAUGCAGAGAGCAAGCUGAUUAUGAGGUGAAGGUAGAGGUGAAGAUAGAGAGUGGUGAUCCAAGGGACGUGAUUUGCCAAGUUGCUCAGAAGAUCGAUGCUGAUGUGCUUGUUAUGGGAACCCAUGGAUAUGGCCUCAUCAAGAGGGCUUUCUUGGGGAGUGUGAGCAAUCAUUGUGCGCAAAAUGUGAAUUGCCCUGUUUUGAUUGUGAAGAAGCCUAAAGGCUCAUCUUCUGCAUGUGGAACCAAAUGAAUUGGGUCCCAAAUCACCUUUUUCUCGCUUCAUUAGUACAACUUUAUAUUGUAUGUUUCGGUGUUGUCUUCUCUUCUCUUGGUUAUGUUAUCCGAAUGUAGAAAAAAAGAAUCAGAGCUUGAUUAU